UUAAAAGUUCACUAAAUAUUCUAAAAUUUUCAAGUAUAUAUACAGCUCAUAUAGCUAAUACAUUUUGUAUUGAUUCUUAUUUGAAAUAUAUUUUUCUGAUGGCUAAUAGAUCAAUAAUUCAAGGUCAACAAUUAGAAUUGUAUUUAAAGGAGCGCGGUAUAAAAAGUUUUGAUUUUUCGCAAUGUGAGAAACAAAUCAUAGGAAGUGGUGGAUUCGCAAUCGUUUAUUCUGUAACUUUCAAAGGAACCAAGUAUGCAUUAAAGUCUCUAAAUAAUAACUUGCAUUUUGAUCGUGAAACAUUCAAUAAAUUCAAACGCGAGGUUGGUAUUUAA